AUGCGUCCUCGGCUUGUCGGUCGCCGUGUCCGGGUUGUCACGCCCCGAGUGCCAACUCUUCGAACCCGAUCGCCUUGCCUCCUCCGAACUUUCACACACCAUACUCAACUCACCACAAAAUCACGACCGAAUCUCCCUUUCCUCACGAUACCAGUAACUUCCAACAGCGUUCGGUACUUCACCACUGAGCGACGAAAAUGGCUCAAGCACGAAGCCAAGUUGGCAGUCCGAUACAUGGCUUCGUUCUGGGGUUUAUUAGCAUGUGUGGGCGUCAUUUUGUUCUUCGUCAAUGAAGAGAAGCUAGAACAGGAAUAUCCCACACCGCACGAAUGGGGAUGGAUGACGAGGAAGUUCCUAAGGGAUUCAAAUAACAGCAAUGCUCCGAAGAACGGCGAGGUCAAUUGGCCCUGGUCUUUCGAAUUGGCACGAGGAUUGGUUUUGAGAUUGGAGGACCCAAAGGUCGAUGGCCAGGGCGUUACGAAACUUACGGAUAGAGUUGAUCCUGAAGCGGAGAUUGCUGGGGAGUUCAAUCCCUGCGAUAUUUCUGGCAAGAGCGAGGAAUGGAGGAGAGGAUAUUUCGAGGCUAUUAUGCUUGCUGCCAAGGGCGCGGAACAUGUCGAUAACUGGGUGCGCGACCUUUCACGCAACAUUAUCUCACCUCCCGAAUUUGUCAUUGGGCCAUCUAACCCCAGACCGGCGCCAAUUCCCCCAGGACAACCCCACGCCCCCCGCGAAGAGGACUGCGAAGUCGCCUAUCCUAGCGCCGAUAACUUUUACAUGAAGAUCCUGGGCACAAAGGGUUUGAUUUCACGACAGAAGCUCGAGGCGACACUUGAGUAUGCCAGUUAUAUGGAGUUCAAGAAGCAGCCAGAAGGUGCUGAGGCUCUGUACAACAUGGCCCUUGCCGAAGCUACUCAAGGGGUCGACAUGUCAAACCCCCCUUACAACCCUAAGACAUUUAUUCUCAACGAGAAAGCUGGUCCGCCCUCUCAAAAUGUUCUUGAUGCCGUCACAGCUAUGGCAAACUUUAAGGCGCGCAGCGGAAAGGUCGAUGCCGCCCUCCCCGUCUAUCUCUCCCUCCUCAAGGCCCGUCGCUACCUCUCUAAUGAACCUCCCCCUGCUGCUCGCGUAGAGGCGAAAUCCAGCUCAGUCUUUGACAAAGUGAUUCGGAAUUUCUCACAAGCUGACUACCCACCUCCUCCACCCGAUGGCACCCAGCCCCCUUGGCGUAGCGCCCAUGAGCGUUGUCAAGAAGCUUCUUUGAGCCUCUGGAUUGGUGAAAUCCUCUUCUCCUCAUCAUCAAAGGACGACGGACUGUCGUGGACACGCGACAGCGUGGAUAUUGCGGAAGAGCAGCUACGCAAUAUGGAUCUUCUGUCGGCCGACAAGGCGGCUAAGAAGACCUGCCGUGAGUGCUUGAGCGCAGGUCUCAGCAACUGGGGCAAAAUGGUCGCCAAGCUCGCCAAAGAGGAGGAGUUGCGCCAAGAAAAGGCCUCUACACAGUCCGGUGUCUUCUCUUUCUGGAGUAGCACUCCGGCAAGUGCCGAAGACCGAUGGACCGCAGAAGACGCUGUGGUGAAGGAGCGUGUGCGCAGGACAAGAGAGCUCAUUGAGGAACUGACACCAGCAGGACCAAACCUUGCCUCGCUGUUCAAAGCGUAA